AAAGCAAAAGAAUUCGAUAGGCUAGAGGAAGUUUGCGAUCGUGUGCUGUCUGAAAAAGAAAAAGAGCAUUACCAGCAGACCAAGGCUCGACUGGCUCAUUUCUAUAGGUGGGUGUAA